AUGACAUCGAUCCUUGAGCAUGGCCACUCAUCAAGGCCCUUCCAUGGAAAGAAUAAGGUUUCUGGAGGAGGUUCUGUCCAGCAACGACAAAAACCCUCGCGUCCUCUUAGGCCAGAAGUUGUAUCUUAUCACAAGAAGAUACAGGAAGAGGAGAAUACUAUUGUUAAGCUUCUAGGUCAAUUAUCUGAGAUAAAUAAGGUGCUGAAUUCGAGGAGGGGUGAUAAAGAAGGCUAUACUGCAGCUAGGAAUGAAAUCCGCAGCAACAUGGAUUCUAUUCAGGAAAAGAUUGCUAAACUGGAAGCCGAGAGAAGUGCCCACCUUUCAUCUAUGGAAAUGAAGCAAAAGGAGAUGAGGGAUAUGAAACAGAAUGUAAUUGCCCUGAAGAAAUCAAUUGGCUGUGUUUCGCAGGAAGAAUUAGAUAGGCAAAUCGCGGUUAUAGAAUCUCAGAUGAUGACAUCUAGUCUGUCACUAAAAGAGGAGAAGGCCAUGAUGGCGAAAAUUGCUCAACUACAAUCAACAAAACCAUUAUUGGAAAGCUGUAGCAAAAUGGAAACAAGUGCAAAUAAUGAUGGUGGUUCAGGGAUUAAUUCCAUUAAAUCCAAACUGGAUGGUAUUAGGGAUGAGAUUUUGAUGCUUCGUAGGGAGAAGCGUGAGGAAAAUUCCAAACUAUUCUCAUUAGUAGAAGAUAACAAGAAAUCAAUGGAUAAGUUUAAACAUCUAUUUGAGAAAAGGGAUAGUUUAUCUACAAAAAUUAAGGAACAUUUGGCAGCCAAAAAGAAAUUGAUCAAGGAGCUAGACGAGCUCAACGCUAGUCAUUAUGCCAAACAGCAGGAGUUAUACAAACAAAGGAUGGCCAAACAAAUGGAAGAGAAAGCCAAGAAAGUCUUAGAGAAUGAGAAAUUCAGUCUUAUUAAACAGAUUGAACAAGCUGAGGUAUUUAGAUAUGAGGGUAAAGUCCGUCUUAUUGAACAAUUACUAGCAUUUAUAAACAAGCAGCAACAACAGACUGCAGCAGAAAAGGCGCAAUCUAUAGAUGAUAGUGCUGAUAAAUCUGAUGCCGCCACUACUGAGCCUGCUACCAUUGACGGCAUGGUGAUGUUGCCCAGGAAGGAAAAAUCUUCCAGUCUCACAAACGUCAAUUCCAACAAUGCUAGUUCUGGAGGAAAGAAGAAGGGUAAGAAGGAAAAGGGUAAGAUCACUAUCGACAUGAGCAUUAUCGGAUUUUUUGACGCAUGUGGAGUCCCCGCUCCCGUCACCGCGGAAGACUUCGAAACCUGUAAGGCCAAGCUCAAGGAGAAAUUGGAUGGAUAUGAAAAGCUUAGGAGUGAAGCUAAUUUUGAGAAGAACAAGGCAGAGUUGGAAGCCAAGUUGGAAAUUGUGGAGAAGAGGAUUGCUAAUAAAGAAUGGCUCACCAACGCUAAGGUGAUAUUAGAUAAGAAGAAUUCACAAAAGAGUGUUAGUCAAGUUAAUGCAAAACCCGAAGAUUCUGGCUUAGAAGAAGUAGCAGUGAAUGGGGAAGUGAUUGAUCCCGUAGUUGAUGGUGACACCGAAACUAUUGAUGUUCCCAAGGAAGAGAAUUCAGUGGCAUUAUUAGUAGCUAGUGAUACAGCAACAGCUAUUGCUGAAUGA